UGUGUUUUUCGCCUGGGAUUUUUUCACUUGGGAUAAAGAAGAAUAGUCUUAUGGUCAUUCAUAAAUUGAAAUAAUUGAAUUGCGGUUGACAUUCAACAGACUUAACUAACAAAUUCCAAAUUUCAAAUUGAAAUUAAAAUACUUAUGGAGCAUCAAUGAUUUCCAUGUUGACAUUUUUGCACCUUUUCAGGUUUAUUUCCUUGUUUCGUUUCACAGUGUCUUGCACAACACAAACAAGCGUGAUUCUUUUGACAUUUGCUUAUGUUCAUAUUAUCUUCAGCUGUUUCGUCCUGUGAAAACUAAUGAACAUGGCCUCAAAGUUAAAUGCUAUUGUCCUGGAUAUUGAGGGGACAACAACUUCCAUCAGCUUUGUGAAGGAUAUAUUGUUUCCAUAUGCAAGGGAGCAUCUAGAUUCUUUUCUCGCUGAGCACUGGGGUUCAGAAGACUGUACAACCAUCAUCAACCUCCUAAGGGAUCAGGCGUCUGCCGACGGCGUGGCACUGCAAGCAGCUGAAUCAGACCCUGCCCUGCUGCGAGAGGGUAUCGGUCGGUACGUGCUGUCCCUGAUGGAUGCCGACCGUAAAGUCACUGCCCUGAAGCACCUUCAGGGACUCAUCUGGAGAGCGGGAUACCUUAACGGCCACAUUAUUGGACAGCGCCGGGUCCACCGCCGCCGUGUGCAACCAGUCGGGAGAUGACUAUCAAUAAACAGCGCCACCUAUACAAAUCUGGCGGACGGGCUGCUGGGAUCGUCAGUGGGCACGUGUCGCCCAUCCCCCUCCCCCUCCCACCAAUAUACACGGUCAUGGACAACGUCAAUUUGCAUUACUGGCAUCGCCAUCCCGCGUAUUUUCACGUAACACGGUGUCUGGUCAGCGAAUACCCAAGUCAGUGUUUAUUCAGCAAUUUUCAGCUUCUCGACAAGUUUCCGCCUCCUUCGGGCACACAAUCUGCUGUCUAAUGAGUUGUGACAUCACAUGUGACGUCAUGUCCGCCGAACGGCUCCACUCGGCGCUCCUCUCACGACUAUCGGUGACUACGCCGGCUGUGUCAAUAGCCGCGCCAGCCGGGGUCAGCACGCGAUGCGAUAGCACUGGGGCCGCCAGUGGGGCUGUCGGCGUGCCUCCCUCAGUCGCACGCGCCACGCCGCGGACGCUCCAGCUACGAAGACGUGUGUGGCGUGCUACGAGUCACCGCUGCUGAAUGUGAGGCUGAACUGACAGCUGCCGCGGACUUGCCUUUAGUGCCCGUGUGUAUUUCGUGGUACGGUGAUCGCGGUGACCGACUUUGAGUGACGGCGGUGCCAGUCGGCGACGAGACGACCAGUCACCAUGACGGCUCCAGAAGGGGACGGUAACCCGCCCGACGUCGGUGCCACCGAUAACCCGGACUGCCAGCGAGCCAUCAGAGCAACCACCACGGCUCAGCUACUCGAGGAUCUCGGCGGCUAUGCGAUCGCUCUAUGGACGAUCGCGUCCGUCAUCGUUGUGAUACUUCUCCUGCUGAUGGUGAGAACGACAUUGUACGUCAACAAGGCCGCUCCUAAACACUGGCGGAGAAAAAUCGUCUGGAUCAGCUCUAUCUACCCGUUCGUAUGUUUGAUGUGCCUCUGCAGCCUGAUAGUGCCCGGAGCAAACACUCUACUGAGCGACGUGGGAAUCAUCUUCAUCAGUAUCGGCGUCUCCAAGUUCGUGGAUCUGUGUAUGAUGUACUUUGGCGGCGAGACGUCCCUGCUGCUGGCCGUCGGUCAGAUCGACGUCCCGCUGUCCGCCCGACCCCUCUGCUGCUGCUGCCGCCCCUGCUGCCCCAGCGUGGCCAUGUCCAAGCACCACCUGAAGAUGAUGAAGAUGCUGGUUUACCAGCUGCCUUUCACCCAGUCUGCCUACUGUCUGAUUUACUCGUACCUCUUCAUUGCCAACGUCACCAGCCCCGGACAGAUUGCGUUCAACGACGCCUACAUCUAUCUGACCGUGUUCAACGUGGUGUCGACCCUGUCGGCCAUGUACGGGCUGAGCAUGUUUCUGCAGGUCACCAAGGGCAAUCUGCAGCACUACCACUUCAUGGCUAAGGCUGUGGUCAUGAAGCUGACCUUGAUCUUCGUCAAGUUCCAAGACAUAAUAUUUACCAUCAGCAUUAACUACGGAGGCGUGUCAAGCACCAAACACAUGCCGCCGCUGGUGUAUGGAUUCUAUAUCCGUGACAUCGUCGUUCUGCUGGAGAUGUUCAUGCUCGGUCUGCUGGCGCACCGUCUAUACACGGAGCCGAAACAGUACCGGGUGGCCGCUGAGAGGCUCUCUAAGGCCCGCCUGCAGCCACUGGCCCCCGGCAACUCCGACUCCAACUCCGACUCCGACUGCGACUCAGAUGAUGGCACCCAGAGGCCGGUGACCGGCGGCAAACGCUACGAGAAGAUUCACACACCCGUCGGCGGUGAAUGAGUUGGUGCUUGAGCAACAACUAAGUGCUUCAUGUUUUGCCAUGCGAUAAGAUAAGCGCUCGUGGACACAUGGUGAGUUUCAGAAUGGAAAGCAUACUGCUGAGUUGUUCAGAGCAAGACCUUCUAUUCUCUUCACUAUGUAGUUUAUGCUGUGAUGUAUUCGCCAGUCGGCUGAGCCUUGGCCGCCCUGUCCCGCGUGCUAUUGAGGCGAUUACCUUAGCAAAGCUUUAUUUCAAUCUUUUUGACUUAUUAUUUUUUCUUUGAUUCAUCUUUUUCAUGAGAUUGUGUUUCUUUGCUUCAUCUUUCACUGUCCCAAGUUUCUUCUUAUUCUUCUUUUCAAGUGUUGGAACUUGGAAGUGGAACGUUCGAUAUACGAGUGUUGGGAGGCAAUGCUGGACUUGCCCAGCCCAUGAUUCAAUGCCUUUUUAGCUAUCAUCGACAGAGGGUGCUCCAACGAAGGUAAAGUCCGUUAAGUGUCUAUUUGGAUUGUAGGGUGCUAGUUUACAAUGGCAGUAGGUGGAUACAGAAUGGAAGGCAUGAGCAUUCUUGCUACGCGAUGAGGGGGAGGUAGCUAAGCGGCACUACUUUUUCCAUAGGCAUUAGGCACGUAUGUGCGUGAACGGCAUGUUGAUGUACUUAUGCAUGUACUGUGUAGUGUGUAGUCAUGCUAUAAACUUGGCGGCAGCUGCUGCGUCUUGUUUUGUAAGGUCCAGGACUGGAGCCAUGUGGACCGGACCGGAUGGAGGUUAGUAAGAUCUUUGGCAAAACCAGCAUAAUGGACAGCGAUUUUGAACAAGUAUAAACUUAUAUAACUGAUAA